UUUUGCUUAAAACGUAGUUCAAAAAAUUUUUCUCGGCUGUUGUUUUGUGCGAAAUGGAAAAUAUUUUGAAAUGGUGGGUAUUUUGUUCCAACACUACAUAAUUAUGUAGAUAACAAUUACCUAUGGUCUUGAAUUUUGUAGUGUUUAUGCCAAAACGAGAUCCCUUUUUUUUGUAUCACAUGUGCAAAAGAAUUCUUCACUUUUUUGUGUUAUCCUUUUUGGUAUAAAUUUUACAGAUGUGGUAGGUACCUACCUACCUAUUUGUUCGUUGAAUUGGCAAAGAAACGACAGUUAGCAUUUGAUUAGAAAUUGAGUUGUUAUUAUCGUAAUGUUUUUUCACCACCUGCAGUCAGGUUAUUCUAAGGUUUUGCUAUAAAAUUCGUCGUAUGCCUAUCUGUACACUUUUGCUUCCUUGACACAAUGGAUGUAUUUUGCGGUUCAGUUUUUUGGGAUUCAAAAACUGUUUGGGAUACGGAUGAUCCUGAUUUUACGUUAUGUUUUGAAAAAACUAUCCUCGUGUGGGUUCCAUGUGCAUUUCUUUGGAUCGUUUCGCCGUUAGAAAUAUACCACAUUUGUCGUUCGAAAACAUCUGAUAUACCUUUUAGUUUAUAUAACGUCACGAAAUUGUUUGCAAUAAUCGUUUCGGCUGCUGUUGCCUUUACAGAUAUCGCAUGCUAUGUGAUUUUUCACUACUCUCAUUCUCCAGUCGAUUUUUAUUCUCCUUUGAUUAAGUUUGUUACUUUGAUAUUGUUUUUUGGAUUAACCUAUGCUAAUGUAAAAUUUGGUAGAAGAUCUUCAGCUGUAUUAUUUUUUUUCUCAUUGCUGUUAGUGAUAUUUGGAGCACUUCAGUGUAGGACUGAAUUUCGAACGAAAUGGUCUUCGGAGGUAAACUCUCAAAUGGUGGCAUUUUUUCCUUCGUAAUUUAUUAUUUCGCUGUACUAGUCGUGUUUGCUUUGAAUUGUUUUGCUGACUCACGCCCCCGAAUCGUACCUCGAACUUUUGAUAAGAAUGAAUGUCCAAGAAGCCAGUCUUCUUUUUUGUCUCAAAUUUUGUUCGCAUGGUUUGAACCACUGGUUUGGAAAGGAUACAGAAAAUCGUUAGAAAAUGAAGAUCUGUGGAAUUUAGAUCACUCGAUUUCAACAUCCAUUGUCGUGCCAAAAUUCGAAAAACGGUGGAAGAAAUCAUUGGCGGAAGUUGAAAAAAAUGCUGACGUUAGCAUAAAAGUGGAACGAAAACACGGUAGAUACAGUUACGAUGGGCUCCAGUACGAAAUUAAGAACAAAUACGCGUCAAUUGUACCAGCGUUAUGUCAAACUUUUGGUGUGGCUUUUUUGAAGGGGACAUUGUUGAAAAUUUUCCUGGACGUUUUCGUUUUUAUCAACCCCCUGAUAUUGAGUUUAUUAAUAGAUUUCGCGGGCAGCGAGGAACCUAUGUGGAAAGGAUACUUUUAUGCGACAUCAUUAUUUGUCGCUGGUGUGAUUCAAACCCUGCUGUCUGCACAAUAUCAAGAUGUAAUGUACACGAUUGGUAUUCAAAUUCGAACUUGCUUGAUUUCGAUUAUUUAUAAAAAGGCAUUACGCAUAUCUAGUGAUGCUCGUAGAAAUUUUACCGCCGGUGAAAUAGUGAAUCUGAUAUCAGUAGAUGCCAAUCGAUUUGUUGAUCUUUUAUCGUAUUCGUAUGUUUUGAUUUCGACUCCUUUGCAAAUCGUAUUGUCGAUUUAUUUUUUAUGGCGUAUUCUAGGUCCUAGUGUAGUAGCCAGUUUCGUCGUCAUGAUCAUUUCGAUUCUUGUCAACAGCUACAUCGGUUCUGAAAUGAAGUUGUUGCAAUUUGAGCAAAUGAAGAAAAAGGAUGACCGAAUUAAACUGAUGAACCAAAUACUAUCUGGAAUCAAAGUGUUGAAAUUAUACGCAUGGGAACCCAGUUUUGAAAAACAAGUCUUAUCGAUCAGAAAUGAAGAAGUGGAAAAAUUGAAAAAACAAGCCUACUUGACCGGCAUUACUACUUUUACUUGGGCUACUGCAUCCUUUUUGGUAUACGUUGUCACUUUCGCUGUAUAUGUGUUAUCAGACGAGAAAAAUGUCCUGGAUGCGAGAACCGUUUUUGUAUCUUUGUCUUUGUUUAAUGUUUUGAAAUUGCCAUUUUACUCGAUAUCACCAAUGGUAUCGAAUUUGGUGCAGAGCCGUGUUUCGAUCAAACGAAUAAAUAAAUUUUUAAAUAGUGAAGAUUUGAACAACUGGAAUAGUGUCACACACGAUGACAGAUCUGAAGCCCUGGUUAUCGAACAUGGAACAUUUUCAUGGGUAGGAAAUGAACCGUUACCUACUUUACGUGACAUCAAUGUGAAAAUUAAUCAAGGGGCUUUGGUAGCUGUCGUCGGACCAGUUGGUUCUGGAAAAAGCUCGUUGCUUUCUGCGUUCCUUGGUGAAAUGUAUAAAUUAUCCGGCGUUGUAAAUACCAUAGGUACUGUAGCAUAUGUUCCACAAGAAGCUUGGAUCCUGAAUACCACCGUAAAAGAUAACAUCACUUUCGGCGAAGCUGUCAAAGGCAGGUAUUAUGACAGAGUUCUGGAAGCUUGUGCUUUGAAACCUGAUUUGGAAACAUUUCCUGGAGGUGAUUUAACAGAAAUUGGAGUCAAGGGUAUAAAUUUGAGCGGUGGUCAGAAGCAAAGACUCAGUUUGGCCAGAGCGGUGUAUUAUGGAGCUGACGUGUAUCUUUUAGACGAUCCUUUGAGUGCAGUAGAUUCACAAGUUGGUAAACAUGUAUUCGAACGAGUGAUUGGUCCGAAUGGAUUACUGAAAAAUAAAACUCGUGUCAUGGUAACUCACAGCGUCACACAUUUGUCCAAAGUUGACUUCAUCGUUGUCAUUAAAGAUGGCACUAUUUCUGAGUGUGGGACGUUCCAGGAAUUACUCGACAGUAAAGGAGAUUUCUCUGAAUUCUUGAUUACUUAUUUAGAAGAAAAUUUGGAAUCUGAUGUAGAAGAGUUGGGUGAACUGAAAGAUAUUCUGGUCGAGAAAAAAGUAACCUAUGAUAAAUACGUUAGACAGAAGUCGAUCGACUGUGGAGCUGAUAUUGCAGCGUUUGAAAUGAGACGAAAAUCGGUCUGGUCAGUGAACUUUAAUGCCGCAGAAUCAUUCAAGAAACGUUCAAGUGUACACGUUCGCGAGAUCGCUACAAUUGGGCGAAAAUUAAUCGAAGUCGAGCACGCUGAAAUAGGAAAUUUGAGUUGGGAUGUUUACAAGUAUUACCUACGUGCUACUGGAUACCUUAUGACUUUGGGAAUAUUAUUAUCGAAUUUUUUCCUUCAAGUGUUAUCUUUCGCAUCGAGUAUGUGGCUUACAGAAUGGACCGACGAUACUACUAUCACUAAUUCUGACGGCGAUCAAAAUACAGCCAAAACAUAUUAUUAUCUUUUGGUUUAUGUUUCGUUAGGAUUGAGUAAAACUGUUAUGGAACUUUUGUCAGCAGUCACUGCUCGAGUUGGAGGUUGUAUUGGUUCUAAGGUUUUACAUAACUUAUUGUUGCAUAAUCUUUUCCGCUUACCACUUUCAUUCAUGGACGUGACACCCAGUGGACGCAUUUUAUCCAGAUUUUCCAGUGAUAUCGACGUAAUGGAUUAUUCAGUUCCUGAAAUGCUCACUGACUCGUGUUUCUGCAUUGGUGAUGUUAUAUGCAAUCUUUUCAUCGUAAGUUGCUGUAUGCCGAUUUUUGUGACCGUUAUUUUACCAAUGACUCUACUUUAUUGUCUUGCGCAAAUUUAUUACGUAGCUACAUCGAGACAACUGAAACGAUUAGAAUCAAUAUCACGAUCCCCUCUGUGUUCACAUUUUGUCGAAAGUGUCGUUGGAGCGCAAUCAAUUCGAGCUUAUGGUCUUUCAGAGAAAUUUAUCAAACUGUCUGAAGAAAAAGUAGACGAUAAUCACAAGAGUUAUUAUUUGAAUCUUGUUUCAAAUAGAUGGGUUUCGGUCCGUUCAGAAACUAUAAGCAAUCUGGUUAUUUUUUUUGCUGCGCUGUUUUCUGUGAUAGAAAGAGAUUCCAUUAGUCCUGGAAUUGUUGGGUUAUCUGUAGGAUACACCCUUCAAAUUACUUGGACGCUAAGUUGGUCAAUAUUCAAAAUUUCAAGCGUGGAAACGAACAUCGUAUCAGUCGAAAGGAUCAAAGAAUACAGUGAAAAACCCCAAGAAGCCGCUUGGAAAAUCCCUAACGAAUCAAUUCCAAAAAGCUGGCCUUCAAAAGGAGAAAUAGCUUUUCUAGAUUUCAAAGUCAGAUACCGAGAAGGUUUGGAAUUGGUUUUGAAAGGUAUCACGUUCUCUGUACGAGAUGGCCAAAAAGUGGGUAUUGUUGGUAGAACUGGUGCUGGAAAGUCGUCGUUGACUUUGAGUUUAUUCAGAAUUCUGGAAUCUGCCGGAGGUAAAAUUUUAAUCGAUGGGAUCGAUAUUGCUACUCUCGGAUUACAUACUCUACGUUCUAGACUUACUGUCAUCCCGCAGGAUCCAGUUCUUUUUGCAGGCUCGUUACGAAUGAAUUUAGAUCCGUUCGGUGAUCAUUCCGAUGACGAAAUAUGGCAUGCGUUGGAAUUAGCUCAUCUAAAGUCGUAUAUUUCGACUCUAAAUGGCGCACUUCGAUACGAAAUCGCCGAAGGAGGUGAAAACUUCAGCGUUGGUCAAAGGCAGCUAAUCUGCUUGGCCAGAGCCUUGCUACGUAAAACAAAGAUUUUAAUUUUGGAUGAAGCCACAGCUGCUGUUGAUUUAGAAACUGAUGAUUUAAUUCAAAACACAAUUCGAAACGAAUUCGUGGACUGUACGGUGUUGACGAUUGCUCAUCGAUUGAAUACUAUCAUGGAUUAUGAUAAAAUCAUUGUCCUCGAUAAAGGAUGUUUGGUCGAAUAUAACUCACCGCAAGCUUUAUUGGAAAAUAAAGCUUCGAUAUUCCAUGCAAUGGCUGUUGAUGCUGGUUUAGUUUGAGAAUUUGGGGUUGUGCCAUGAGCCAUGAUGUUUCAUUGCCAAGAUUGGAACAAACGACGAUAUUUUUUUUGUUGAUAUUUUUAAUAACCGGAAAUGAAUAGUGGAAAAGAGACUGUCUUGAAUUUGAAUAGUUUUGCAAUGUGUUCCAAUUUGGAGAUUUAUUUAUUCUUGUAUUUCCAUCGUAUUUUUAUAUGUAUAUUAGACGUUUGGUUUCUGUGAUUACGAAUGAAUUAAUUUAUACCAUAAUGGUCUUAUUAAUUUUCAAUUGUGAUAAUUUAGUAAUAAAAAAUAAAAACUUUUUUUUACUAA